AUGUCUGCCGCAAAGGAAUUGGCCCAGAAGUACAUUGACGAGAAUGCCGUCGCUGUCUUCGAGAAGACUUGGUGCCCCUACUGCCAGGAGACCAAGGCUACACUCAAGGCCUUGAAGGCCAACGUCGAAUUCAUCCAACUUGACAAGCGGGACGACGGAAGCGCGAUCCAGGACGCCCUCGUCGAAAUCAGCGGCCAGCGCUCCGUACCCAACAUCUUUAUCAACAAGAAGCACAUCGGUGGUAACAGCGACUUGCAGGAGACGAGGCACAAGGGCAAGCUCGAUGACCUGCUCAAGGAGGCCAAUGCUCUAUGA